CUCUUCUCCCCCCUGUAAUUCCCUUGUUCUUGCCUUUGCUUGGCUAAGCUCUAAUCCCCCCACCCUCACGGCCCCCCUCUCUCUCUACUUCCUCCUCUAUCGGAUCAAAUACAAAAUCUUAUACACGAUAAGGAUUGAAACUAAUUUUAGCCCAAACACAUCCGCUAAACAAGGCGAGGCCUCAUAUUUUUCACACCUUAAUCCACUUCUCCACAAAAUUUGGAGGAGAAAAGAUUUUGCAAAUCCUCUCCUUAUCCAUUGCCUCACUCUUUAAAAAAGGGAGUAGGUUUUCCAAAAUGACUACUCCAAACUCAUCAAGAUCAUCUCCUCUACCAUAACAACUAUCUUUAUCCACAACCAAAUUCCCUCUUCUUCUAUCUCUAGCUCUAUCAAUGGCCAUGUCCAUGUCCAUGCAAUGGAGGGAGACUCAAGGGAAGCAACUCCAUGACCCUUUCUUCCUCAAGUCGGCCGCGGACACGUGUAGGUUCUGCCCAGGUCCAAUCAUCGUGGGAGCCGGACCGUCAGGGCUCGCCGUUGCCGCUUGCCUGAAGGAGAAGGGGAUACCAUCUGUGGUGAUCGAACGGUCGACGUGCAUCGCCUCCUUAUGGCAACUCAAGACGUACGACCGGCUGAGAUUGCAUCUACCCAAGCAAUUCUGUGAACUCCCACUAAAAGCAUUCCCGAAGGAUUUCCCAACAUACCCGACCAAACAACAGUUCUUGGCAUACCUAGAGUCCUACGCCAAGGAGUUCGACAUCAAGCCAGCGUUCGGGGAAUCUGUGGAGAGCGCGGAGUUUGACGCUGGGAUGGGGAUGUGGAGGGUGAGGACUGUAUUGUUCGGGAAAGAAAUCCAUCGGACGUAUUUGGGGAGGUGGUUGGUGGUGGCCACUGGAGAGAAUGCGGAGGCGGUGGUGCCAGAGAUCGAGGGGAUGGAGGAGUUCGAGGGGACGAGGAUCCACACGAGCGUUUAUCGACGAGGCAACGAGUUCGAAGGCAAGAAGGUGCUUGUUGUUGGAUGUGGGAAUUCAGGGAUGGAGGUCUGCUUGGAUUUGUGUAAUCACAAUGCGCGGCCGUCCAUCGUCGUCAGAGACUCGGUUCAUGUUCUUCCUCAGGAGAUGCUUGGUAGAUCAACGUUUGGACUGUCGAUGUCUCUGAUGAGCUGGUUCCCAGUGCAGACAGUGGACCGGUUCUUGCUAUUUAUAUCAUGGCUGAUGUUAGGAGACACAGCAAAAUUAGGCAUAAAGAGGCCUGAUCUCGGUCCUCUUGCACUCAAGAGUAUAUCGGGCAAGACUCCCGUUCUUGAUGUUGGAACCCUAGCCAAGAUCAAGUCGGGAGAUAUUAAGGUUUGUCCCGGGAUACAAAGAUUGACUAGAAAAGGGGCGGAGUUUGUUGAUGGGAUAUCGGAGGAUUUUGAUGCUAUUAUCUUAGCUACUGGGUAUAGAAGUAAUGUUCCGUCUUGGUUGAAGGAGAGGGAGUUUUUCUCAGAGAAGGAUGGAAUGCCAAGGAGACCUUUUCCCAAUGGAUGGAAAGGAGAGAACGGACUCUACGCCGUUGGGUUCACAAAGAGAGGAUUAUUAGGUGCAUCAAUGGAUGCAAGAAGAAUCGCGGAUGAUAUUGAACAAUGCUUUGAAGUAGAAGCAAACCAGUUCAUGGGAGGAAAAAUAGUCUAUGCAGCUGAGAGUAACACUUUAAUUUGUCGAAAAGGGACAACUGUGCAUGAAGGAACAAAUGCGCCUCUGUAAUUUCAUCAGCUUUCUUAUCCGUUCUGUUGAAAACUAAGAGUGAAAUAAUAGAAUAAGGAAUAUCCACAUGUAUAUUUUUGUGUUAGU